CAUGGAUUUUAUAAGGAAGACGACGGACAGUUACCAAAAAUUCCUGGAAGCGGGAGACCCGCGGGUCCAGGGGUUACCUCUUAUGAGCUCUCCCUUCCCAUGUGUAAUCAUCCUUGUUUGCUACUACAUCUUCGCGUACUAUGGACGCACGAUCAUGGCCGAAAGAAAACCGCUUCAGAUGAAAUGGUUUGUCCUUAUCUACAACUUUGGAAUGGUGAUGUUCUCCAUGUACAUGGCUAAGGAGUUUGCUAUGGCCGGAUGGCUGACAGGGUACAACAUUUGGUGUCAGCCAGUAGAUUACACAAAAAGUGGGGAUCGAAUGGCCUUUGCAGCAUACCUAUUUUUUAUUUCAAAGAUGAUAGAAUUAACAGAUACGGUAAUUUUCGUAUUGAAAAAGAAAUUUCACCAAUUGACUUUUCUGCACCUGUUCCAUCAUGGAUUUCUACCCUUCAAUUGGUGGUUCGGUAUAAAAUUUGCACCAGGUGGCUGGGGAACCUUCCACGCCUUCAUCAACGCCAUGGUUCAUAGUGUAAUGUAUAUGUACUAUUUUUUAUCUGCCGGAGGCCCUACUAUUCAGAAAUACCUGUGGUGGAAAAAAUAUAUCACUACUAUACAGAUCGCCCAGUUUAUCCUAGUUAUCUUCCAUACCCUGUCAACCUUCCUGUUUGUAAAAGACUGUGAUUAUCCCGACCUUUUCGUCAAGGCGGUUCUUUUCUACAACUUGUGCUUCUUGGCUCUGUUCAUGAACUUCUACAUGAAGACGUACAGACAGAAACCGAAAUUCGAUGACAAGGAGAAGAAAGUAUACACAAAUGGACAGAUCAAUCAUUUACAGAAUGGUCAAAUACAAAACGGGAAUGCUCUAAAAUCAGAAUGAUAACGAUAGUUAAAACAGUAUUCUUGUAGAGAUUUAUGGUAUGUUUGGAAAUUUAUAAUCAGUCAACCUUUUGUAGCUACUCAACAGUCCUGGCAUGAAAGACAUAACCCGUUAGAAGGGGCGUGACGUCUGAAUACUGAUCGGGGUGCUGAAAACACUGGGAUUUGAAGUAUGGGAUCAGAGGAACUUAACAUAUGAUGUGAUAUGUCUUAGUUUUUUUGUUUUUUGUUUUUCUUGGUAUUGAAGAAGUACCAGAUACAUACCGUUGAUUUUCCGUUCUGUUUUUUCUUGGUAUUGAAGAAGUACCAGAUACA